GAGUGCAGAAUUCGAGCUAGAGAUUACUUGGGAAAAAAUCCAAUUUUCUUAUUAGGAAUAAUUUUGGGAUUAGAUGCCAGUGAGGUGCAUUUAUGACGGGGAAUGUGGGACUACCUGAGUCUUCCCUCACCCCACCCCCAGGUCCCAGAGGUGGAUGCGUUUGCCUGGGAACAGAGGCAGAGGGAAGCUGGCUCGGCUCCCAGACCUGAGUGCUGCAGGCUCUGGUAACCUAGGCAGGGGAGGCAAGGGGAGAGCAACCUCUCCCCAGUUCCCAACGACCUAUCUCACGCCUGGGUCUCAAGGUCGCAGAGAAUGCCGCCACAAUAGCUUUGAGCCCUGUCCUUGCCGGUCUUCCUUCAGCUUGGGGCUGACACAGGAGGGAGUGGCAGGCAGGGAAAUGGGAGGAGCCUUGACCUCCUUCCCCUCUGGAGGACACAGGGCAGCCCUCCUUUUACUUUGUUGCCAGGACCUUGAGAGUCGGGGCCAGAACAGCAGGAAGGAAAUGACUUAGAGGCCUUACAAAUACAUCUGCGAAUUCUUGCUUCAGACUUUACAACUGAGGGCCAACCCAGUCUCAGAAGCACCUCUUAUUACUGUUACAAGGAAACUGCUACCUCAGCAAACAGAAGGAAAGGAGGAGAAGAUUUAGAAUAACAAAUGGCAUUUUUAGGAAAAACACUUGUUUUCAGAAAACAGUAAAGGAAAUUUGGAAAUUUUUCGCAUUGAGAAGAAGAUUUGUGGGUGAAUGGAUUUGGCAGGCGGGCUCUGUCAAACUAAUGCAGUGUUUGAUCUUCCCUCCCAAGGACUUCGUGUGAAGUCACUGUACUGCUUUUUAAAUCGCUGUUGAUCAGCUUGUGGGUUUUGGGGCUCUAAUUUUUCUGGUAUACUGAAGAUACAUUAUAUUACAUUUUUUAAAGUUAAGUUAUUUUUCUGCCAUUGUAAAUACGAGUAUCGAAAUAUUCUUUUGCAAAGCAAUGAUAGGUAAACAUUUUUCUCCGCAAGCAUAUCUUUUUAUUAAGAGAGUGGAAUGCUAACAGUUCUUACACAGCAUUUUGGACACACUUUUAUUUUUUGGUCAGAGGUCCUCCCGCCUACCCUGAAAACAUUCAUCAUCUAAACCUACUGUUCUCCCACCGACGUUGGAUCACAUGGGCUCCUGCCUCAUGGAAAUGCCUUUUUCAAAACUGAGAUUUGCAGAACUUCACUAUUUUUAUACCUAGCUACGGUCUCGGGGGGAAAAAGAGGAAUCCAAACCCUGCCCCACCUGUGGUCCCUGGGACAGCUCCCGCUCCCGCAUGUAUUGCUGCAGUGCCCAGGACAGUAAAAUGGACUAUAAGCGGCGCUUCCUGCUUGGCGGGUCCAAGCAGAAGGUGCAGCAGCACCAGCAGUACCCGCUGCCUGAGCUGGGCCGAGCACUGAGUGCUCCCCUGGCGUCGGCAGCCCCCGCGGCCCCCCUGGGCAGUCUGACCGCCGCAAGCAGCUGCCACCAUGCCGUGCCCCACUCCACUCCCAUCGCCGACAUCCAGCAGGGCAUCUCCAAGUACCUGGACGCCCUCAACGUCUUCUGCCGGGCCAGCACCUUCCUCACGGAUCUUUUCAGCACUGUGUUCAGGAACUCGCACUACUCCAAGGCCGCCAUGCAGCUUAAAGACGUGCAGGAGCACGUCAUGGAAGCGGCCAGUCGGCUGACUUCUGCCAUAAAGCCUGAGAUCGCCAAGAUGUUGAUGGAACUCAGUGCCGGGGCGGCAAACUUUACAGACCAGAAGGAGUUCAGCCUCCAGGACAUUGAGGUGUUGGGGCGAUGUUUCUUGACAGUGGUGCAGGUCCAUUUCCAGUUUUUGACCCAGGCCUUACAGAAGGUCCAGCCCGUGGCUCACUCCUGCUUUGCCGAGGUGGUUGUGCCAGAGAAGAAGAAUGGCGGCGGCGGCUUAUCCAGCAUGAGCCACACGCCCGAGUUGGAGGAAGCUGUGCGCUCCUGGCGGGGCGCUGCCGAGGCGACAUCCAGACUGAGGGAAAGAGGCUGUGACGGCCGCCUGGCAGGCAUCGAGGUUCAGCAGCUCUUCUGUUCCCAGAGCGCGCCGAUUCCUGAGCACCAGCUCAAAGAAUUAAACGUGAAGAUCGACAGUGCUUUGCAGGCUUAUAAAAUAGCUCUGGAAAGUUUAGGCCACUGUGAAUAUGCAAUGAAAGCUGGUUUCCACCUGAAUCCAAAGGCAAUUGAAGCCAGUUUACAGGGCUGCUGCAGCGAGGCUGAGGCACAGCAGACAGGGCGGCGGCAGACCCCCCCGCAGCCCAUGCAGUGUGAGCUUCCCACCGUCCCCGUGCAGAUAGGAUCACACUUCCUGAAGGGCGUCUCCUUCAACGAAUCGGCCGCCGACAACCUGAAACUUAAGACGCAUACGAUGUUGCAGCUGAUCAAGGAGGCGGGCUGCUACAAUGGAAUCACACCCAGGGAUGAGCUUCCUGUGACCGAAGUACUGAACCAGGUGUGCCCGUCCACAUGGCGGGGCGCCUGCAAGACUGCCGUGCAGCUGCUCUUUGGCCAGGCCGGACUGGUGGUAGUUGACACAGCACAGAUUGAAAAUAAAGAAGCAUAUGCCCCCCAGAUAAGUUUAGAGGGCUCCAGAAUUGUGGUUCAAGUCCCGUCCACAUGGUGCCUGAAGGAAGACCCCGCUACCAUGUCCCUGCUGCAGAGAAGCCUCGAUCCUGAGAAGACCCUGGGGCUGGUGGAUGUGCUCUACACGGCCGUGCUGGACCUCAGCCGCUGGAGGGCAGGGAGGGAACAAACUUUACCCUGCAUACAGAUCCAGCUUCAAAGGGAGAUCUGCGAUUUUGGGAAUCAGGCUGACCUGCCUUCUGGGAACGGGAACAAAUCCUCAGGCGGCCUGCAGAAGACGUUCUCCAAGCUGACAUCCCGGUUCACCAAGAAAGCUUCAUGCACCAGCUCUAGCAGCAGCACAAAUUAUUCCAUCCCAAAUACCCCUUCCAAAAACCUCUUCAUAGCUGGGUGUUCAGAAGAGAAGGCCAAAAUGCCCAGCAAUAUUGAUUCAAGGUUACAAAGCAUUUUGAACAUUGGUAAUUUCCCUAGGACUACAGACCCUUCACAGUCAGCACAGAAUUCCAGUAAUCAGAUGGCCAAUGGUUUUCUCAUGGAGAGACGUGACAACUUCCUGCCAGGGGAUGAUGGCAAGGACGAGAAGGGCAUGAACUUACCAACCGAUCAGGAAAUGCAGGAGGUGAUCGAUUUUCUCUCGGGCUUUAACAUGGGCCAGUCACAUCAGGGCUCCCCAUUGGUGACAAGGCGUAAUUCUGCUGCCACAACCAUGGUGACUGAACAGAAGGCAGGAGCUAUGCCGCCCCAGCAGCCACCACUGCCAGUGCCCCCUCCACCGCGGCCACCCCAGGCUGGAGCCCACGCCCCUCUGACCCCCCAGCCCGGCCUGGCACCUCAGCAGCCGUCCCCAAAGCAGCAACAACCCCAGGUCCAGUACUACCAACACCUGCUCCAGCCCAUUGGACCUCAGCAGCCCCCUCCCCAGCCUCGGGCCCCUGGGAAGUGGGUGCAUGGCUCAGCCCAGCAGCCCGCCCAGCCAGUUGGAGCAGGUCUGUCUCCUCUCGGCCAGUGGCCUGGCAUAUGUGAUCUCAGUUCUGACGUGUACAGCUUGGGUCUGGUGAGCAGCUAUAUGGAUAACGUGAUGUCGGAGGUUUUGGGGCAGAAGCCGCAGGGACCUAGAAAUAACACCUGGCCAAACCGUGACCAAAGUGAUGGCGUCUUUGGGAUGUUGGGAGAGAUUCUGCCCUUUGAUCCUGCAGUGGGUUCGGACCCUGAGUUUGCUCGCUACGUGGCAGGAGUGAGCCAGGCAAUGCAGCAGAAGCGGCAAGUGCAACAUGGCCGCCGCCCAGGCCACCCCCGGGGCCACUGGCCCCCCAUGGAUGAUGCCCAUCGGACCUGGCCUUUCCCAGAGUUCUUCACAGAAGGGGACGGCCUGCACAGCGGCUGGUCUGGUGCUCAGGGGGACUCCGCCAGCUCAAGUGAUGAGACAUCCUCCGCCAACGGGGACAGUUUGUUUUCCAUGUUUUCAGGGCCUGACCUCGUGGCUGCUGUCAAGCAGAGAAGGAAACACAGCAGUGGAGAGCAGGAAACCAGCACGCUCCCCUCACCGCCUCUUCUUACCACCGUGGAGGACGUGAACCAGGAUAGCAAAACCAAAACGUGGCCCCCCAAAGCGCCCUGGCAGCACCCGGCCCCGCUGCCCAGCACACUGCCCAGCCCGAGCACCCCACUCUACGCAGUUGCCAGCCCCGGCAGCCAGUGGAACGACACCAUGCAGAUGCUGCAGUCGCCAGUGUGGGCCGCGACCAGCGACUGCAGCGCCGCCUCCUUUACCUAUGUGCAGACCCCACCGCAGCCCCCACCCCCACCAGCACACAAGGCAGCAUCCAAGGGCUUCAAGGCCUUCCCCGGGAAGGCUGAGCGCCGGCCGGCCUACUUGCCCCAGUACUGACCCAGGGGCAGCCUGCCUGCCUUGCCCAGAGCUGUUAGGGCCAGCAUCCCCACCCCAGGGCUGACUAGCUGGCACCAGCCCCCCCAGAGGACCAGUGCACCCCUGUCCCAGGCAGGGAUCCCUGGGGAUGUGGGUAGUUGGCAGCUCCAAGCCUUUAAGGCCUGGCUUCUCAAACUUUGGAGGCAUCAGAGCCCUGGAGGGCCAGCUGGAAACAGCUUUCUGACCCUCAGGGAGAUGCUGGGGGAUCUUUGAGCUAUAAGCUCCCCCAGUAAUUCUGAUGCAGGUGGGCCAUAGGCCACACUUUGAGAAACACAGCUCUCAAGUUUGUAGUCCCACUGUGUGUGUUGGGAAGGCCUCAGGCCUGAAGGCUGAGAGCAAAACUGACCAUUCUUCUGAAACCCUCCCCCUCCUUUUUAACACGUUGAGUGAUGACCACAUCAGUCACUGUAUUUUAUAGCUAUUUUUCAUAUAGGUUUUUAGUUAAAACAUCUCCCGCCUAAAACGCAUUGAAUAUUUUAAGAUAACAAAUAUAGAGGCUGGAUGUUUGUUCAACACUAUCUUUAUUUAAGCUUACACAAAACGGGCAGAGUAUAGAAUACUUGUGAUUGGAAGCAAUCACCUGUUUUUUCUGUGGGUGGGCAGCCAGCCCCUUGCCACCCCAAGCAGCACCCCAGGGGUGCAGUCCUGACUGGAUUUACAAAACCAGGAUCGUUUGAGAGGCGUAUUCCUGAUGGUGCAUGGAGAUGAGCCAGCUGGCUGCUGUCCGCGUGCGGGAUGACAUUGCACCUGCUGCCCUCAGAUCCACACGUGGCCAGAGGCUUUGACACAGUCUCCAAACUUGGGGGUGUGGUCAAGAGGCUGCACAAAGACACCUGCACUUGAACUUGCAGUAACAUUUGUGAGCUGGCUCAAGACAAACCAAUUAAGAUGUAGAUAGGAAUUAAUUUAAAGUCAUUUCUUUUAAAAAAAAAAAAAACACAAGAACAAAAAACCACCUCAUUUUCAGUUGACAUGUGCCAUUAAAGAGGUAACAUCCUGUGGAUUUAGGGAUAUUUUCCAGCCAGAAUGGAUCCAGAAGAAAUGAAUGGUGCUUAAAUUGAGAAAUAAUGAUACAUAUAUCUCUACAGAGUAGACAUAUCCCGCUGUAUAUUAAUUGAGGUUACAGAAGUUCUUUAUAUAAAACUUAUUUAAAUUUUUCAUAUUUCAUCUUUGAAAAAGUCUAAUUGAGAAAAAUCCAUAAUAUUUUCUGGUAUGAAAGUUGGACAGUAUUAAUAUUUUUUUUUAUAUUUUCUUAAAUCAUUAAACCAUUUUAAUAUAUAUGUUAACUACUAAUAAAUGGUUUAUUCUUUCUAACUCCAUAUAAGCUUUUCCAACAGAGAUUGUAAUAACACAUUUAUGUUCUCAUUUUUCUACGGAUAUAAGUAAAUUUAUAUUUAAAAAUACCAAAAAGAAAAAAUAUAUAUGUAUAUGUAUGUAUACACACUAAUGAUAGAGGCCCCCUGAGGUGUCUGAGCCCAGCCAUCUGAAUUUUUAGUACUGUGUUGCCAGGCUGUUUGCAGGCCUCGGGUGUCGUCUUUUGUGCUGUGUGGGGAUGCCGUUGCUGCCUGUACUUCUGAUCCUUUCACCGUGGCUUCCGAACAUUCACCUCACCAUGUUUACAGAGAACUAUUUUGUACAUAGACUUCUCCAGGCACGUGCUUUGCACCAACCCUGCGUGGCUCUUGUCUCUGUUCGCUGUCCCAGUGUGUAUAUGUCUGAGCGCGUUUGUGGCUGUUUUCCUUGUAAGGUAGUUUUGUUUCCCUUCUGUAACGUGUCCACAGUACCUUGUAUUUUCAAGUUCAAUUAUACUGAAGUACUCUUGUUUCAAUAGUGCCUCCCCAAAGACCUCACCCGGGACAGAGGUCAGCCCUUGACGCCCCAGUGCAGGUGACCUUGACACUGCUACAUUGUCACUCUCUGGUCUGUUUUUCUCGAUUAAGCGGGACGUUUUGUAAUCGCAUCUCUGUGGGCUGUGAGACUGUGUGAAGCUGUUUGUGUGGUCUCCUUGUAGGUGCUGUGUUCUCAGCACCGCCUUGCUCUGAACACUGGUAAUUCCAGGUGCUGCGCUCGGCAGAGGGGUCUUGCCAAAGCGCAUGUGUGUGCGUGUGUGAGUGUGUGUGUCCUUUGCACGGCCGGGCGUGACUGCCUUGCUCGGGCAUCAGCAGGACAUCGUGUGAAUAGUUACAACGCUUCCAAACUGGAACUCUACAUUUUGUAUCUUACUUUUAAAGCUCCUAUAAGUAAAAUAACUAUUGGCUUUAUUAAAAAUAUACAUUUAAUAAUA